AUGGCAUCGGACUGUCAUCAGGCCUUCGAGGACCGACGCCUCACCCCAAAGGAUACCACCGCCACCGCUGCCGCGGAUGCCUCCUGCUACCCUGCGUCACAGACUCCCAAGGGGGAGGAGAUGCCUCUGCACGUAGGACAAACCCCUGCAACCUCAAACUACGAUUCACAGGAGUUUGGACACCCUGGCCUGGAGGACCAUUUCACCCAGUCUCCACGAAUGCUACCCCCUACCCAAAACCUGCCCAAUUACCUUACCUCGCCUACGGCGUCGGCGGCGGCUACUGGGAUACAUCUAAGUCAGCAGCACCAUCAGCAGUCGAGCUCCAUCAGUGAUCACUACUACGCCUAUCCCGCUGGACAGAACGCGACUUCCGGUGAUAGCAGUGGGGGACUCAACUACGUGGGAGUCGGAGAAACGAAUGUGAAUCGCUCCUCCGGCAAGUCCGAGAUUGGCGUCGGGGUCCCACCGGCGGCCCUAUUUCAAGUCUACGCCAACGUGUCAGCCGGGGAAACUACCGGACGGUUGCACAUCCCCUCCUCCUCUUCCUAUCAGGGCGGAGAUGAGUACGCGGCGGCGGCGCUCCCGCCAACUACAGGACCACCGCCGCCACCACCCCUAGCACUACCUCUGGAUGAUCUGCCGCAGAAGUUAGGAGCUCAGGGCGCGUGUUUCGAUCCAGAGGGCUAUCGACAAAUGCUGGGGACAAUGAUGCAUCUCGUACCCAGUUCGGCGCAACUUCGUCAAGCCGGCUCGAAAGAUGGCGAUUUCAGGAGCUACGGACAGCCGCGAGGGCUUUCCCUCCCCUCCUCCAGCAGUGGCUCAAGGUCGCGGACCAAGGUCAACGAUGUGACCAGCAUGAAGGAGAAGACGCCUUGUGACAUUUGUGGCGAUGUUUCUGCUGGCUUCCAUUGCAACGCCUACGUCUGCGAGGCCUGCAAGGUGAGUGUCGUAGUAAUCUUUAUCACUCUCCCUGAUGCCUCUUAA